AUGACCCAAACCAAUUCUGAACCUGUUAAAUUUGAAAAGGAUACUGUUUUAGUCAUCUUUGGUGCCUCUGGUGAUCUGGCUAAAAAAGAGACCUUCCCCGCUUUAUUUGGUUUAUACAGUGAAGGUUGUUUAGAUCCUUCUACCAAGAUUAUCUGUUAUGCUCGUUCCAACGUUACUGUGGAACAGCUAAAGAAAUCAUGUCUUCCAUACUGUAGAAAAUCAACCACUGGUAAUGACGAAGUUAAAAUGAAAAAAUUCUUCAAUAUGGUUUCCUAUAUCCAAGGUCAAUAUGAUACAGAUGAUGGUUAUAUCAGGUUAAAUGAUGCCAUUGAAGAUUUCGAACAUGAAAGAGGGGUUCAAGAACCUCAUCGUGUUUUCUAUUUAGCUGUUCCACCAAGUAUUUUCUUAACUGUCGCUAGUCAAGUUAAAAAGAAUGUUUACGCUUACAAUGGUAUUACUCGUGUCAUCGUCGAAAAGCCAUUUGGGGAUGAUUUAGAAUCUUCAAGAGAAUUGCAAAAGGGUUUUAAACCACUAUUCAGAGCAGAAGAGAUUUACAAGAUUGAUCAUUUCUUGGGUAAAGAUGAUGUCAGACGUUUAUUGACUGCUAGAUUUGCUAAUCCGUUCUUAAAUCAAAGUUGGAAUAAAGAAAACAUUGAAAGUGUUCAAGUUUGGUUUAAAGAACCAUUUGGCGCUGAAGGUCGUGGUGGGUUCUUUGACUCAACUGGUAUUAUCAGAGAUGUUAUGCAAAAUCAUUUAUUACAGAUCUUGACCUUAGCUACUAUGGAAGAACCUGUAUCCAAUGAUGCUGAUGCCAUCCGUGAUGCUAAGGUAGAAUUAUUGAAAUGUAUGGAACCUUUAGGGCCAAAGAACGUCGUUGCCGUUGGUCAAUAUGGUAAAUCCGUAGAUGGUAAAAAGCCUUCUUACUUGGAUGAUGAUACUGUUUUGAACAAAGAAUCGAAGUGUUUAACUUUCACAGAAUUAACUUUUGCAAUUCACAAUGAUCGUUGGGAAGGUGUUCCAAUCAUUAUGAGAGCUGGUAAGGGUUUAGAUGAAGAUAGAGUUGAAAUUAGAAUUCAAUACAAAAAGAACACUUCUGGCAUGUUCGAAGGUUGUACACCAAACCAAUUCGUCAUUCACUUCCAUCCGGAACCAACUAUCUUCAUGACUUUUAAUACCAAAGCACCAGGUUUUGCUGAUAAGUUACACCAAAUUAAAUUGGACAUGACAUAUGAUCAACAAUAUAAGAAGGAGUGGGUUCCAGAAGCUUACGAGUGUUUGAUUUAUGAUGCUUUCCAAGGUAAAUAUGCAAAUUAUGUUAGAGAUGACGAAUUAGAUGUCAGCUGGUCUCUAUUCACUCCAUUAUUAAAGUAUGUUGAAGGUCCAAAUGCUCCACAACCAGAAAUUUAUCCAUAUGGUUCCACUGGUCCAAAAGGUAUUUUAGAGUGA